UAGACGUAGGAAAAACCAAAAUACCAAAGUCAGAUCACUUUGGCACGUGGAAUAGUCCACUGGCGGAAGAUCUGAUCGCGUGGCAUUGACGUCAUCAAGGCACGAGGCAGGAGAAAGUAAACCUAUCUACAUUCAACAUGCAAAGUGUUAUCUAAAAAACCACCAUGGAUUAUCUGAAAAUAUCUUUGAUGUUUCUCUUAUAUGUGGUGGCUUCAUGUAGCAAAACGAUUCCUAUUCCAUCUUUCAGUAAGCUGUUAAAUCACUAUCCAGGUUAUAAACAUUUUGGAGGACGCUUUUCCCACAAAAGAAUCGUUCAUACUAUAGGAUGUAAUAAAACGGACCUCUUACACGAUACCAGCGCGCUGCGUAUGUCUUUUACAUUUAAUAAGAUAGGAGGUGUAUACUCCAUUGGGUAUACUCCUAUCCAUUUAUCUAAACACGGCAAAGACAGUGUAUCUGGAAGAAACAAUCUGCAAUAUUUGUUUCAUCCUUUAGCUUUUGGACCGUACAUGGCAGACAAGUAUGGAUACCCCAGUAUCUCUGUAUUGCAUGACAAGGACCCAAUUGCAACAAAACGGAAGUUCUGGGGAAAACAAGGAAUUAUGGAAAUAAUAACGUAUACGAAAUUUGGAAAUAAACCUAAGGGGCAUAUUGCUCUCUGGAAUUGUGACCGUCUUCACCAGACAAAGGACUGGAUUACAAAACAUACGCUUCUGACCAUUCAGUUCUGGGAGGCACCAGAUUCCAGUUGUGAAGAAAAACCUCUCAUCAUUGCUAACAAAGCUCAACCUUAUCGAUUCCAGAACUGGAAAACAGUGAAAUAUGACAGUUUGAGACUAAAGGCGGAAAGCAAAAUGUACAAAUAUAAUAAAAUAUACGGCAAAAGUGCUCAAAAGCAUCAGACAUAUCUACAUAGGAAAAUGUGAAGAGAGAGAGAGAGAGAGAGAGAGAGAGAGAGAGAGAGAGAGAGAGUUAUAUAUACUGCCUCUAUUUAACAAGAGGUUCUAUUGUACAGAACAUUGUAAAAUGUCAGAACCAAACAUAGACCAUGGAUUUAUCAUAUACCAUACUGUGUUCAUGUUUACAAGAAUAAGCUGAUUUAUAUUUGUAAUUUUGUACAUAGAUUCUGAAAUUUUUACAAUUGUUAUUAUUUUUAAAUAAACGUUGUGAUCUGCAA